GCGCAAAAUGUCCAAGCGGGCGCUGGACUCGGCCAGCUCCGCGGGGUUCGGCGGCGACGAGCUGCGCAACAUGAACGGGGAGCAACAAUCGACUGCCGGCUCCGGAUCCGAGACGCAGCCGCCGCCUCACAAGAUGCACAAGCUGAAUCCCCAGUUGGCGGCGCGUCGGCGGACGACGUCGUGCGCUGCGUGUCGCAAGCAAAAGAUCAAAUGUGAGCUCCUGGCCGACGGGCCGCCGUGUGAGCGGUGCAAGCGCAAGAACAUUGAGUGCAUCAUCAACACCGGCUUGCGGAACUCGAUACUCGAUCAAAGGUAUGUGGACAACACAUCCUUUUGUUUCUGUCUCUCUCUCUCUCUCUCUCUCUCUCUCUCUCUCUCUCUCUCGGUGUCUUCCUCCCCGUCCCCCUCUCUCCGUCUCUUUCGAAAUCUCGUCCUGUGAAAAACUGCAGUGAGACGGGGCAACAAGGCAGCAACACAACGGGGCCGCUGACCAGAUGCUGCCCAUCGCGGCGCGCCCAUCAGGCAAAUCGCGGCGCUGAGGAGAGACCUCGGCAACAUGCACGCCCAUCUCGAGCGAGUGAGCCAGCGUCUCCAGAUAGCAGGCCUGCCGCCGCUCGAGACGCCGGCCGUGAGCGCCGACGCGAUCGCCUCCUCCCAUCACGAACCCGAUCACGACUUCGACCUUGACGACGACGGCCUAGCCGAGCUGUCGCCCCCGGGAUCUCCGAGCGCGGUGCAGGCGCCCAUGGAUGCCUAUCUCGCUCCCAGCAAGGAUGCCACGCCGGCAGGACCGGUGCAGACGAGCGGCGGCGCUUCCCGGGCGCGGACGCAGAAGCGCCCAGACAUCAUCAGCAAGGGCCUCGUGUCGCCCGAAGACGCAGAGGCCCUCGUGCGCUUCUACAUGACGGAGCUGGACUCGGUCAUUUACGGCACCGCGGGCCCGCACGCGACCGUCCAUGCCGUGCGCGAGGCGUCGCCGACGCUGCUGGCGGUGAUUUGCACCGUCGCCGCGCUGCACGACGUCGAGCACGCCCACCUGUACGACGUCUGCUAUCGCGAGUUCCGCCACCUCGUCUCCGCGGCUCUGUUCGAGAAGCGCGACAUCGAACACGUGCGGGCGCUCGACGUCGCCGCCUUCUGGCUGCCCGACACGUCCCGGGUCGUCCUGUACGAAGCCGUCCGCCGACUGGGUGACCUGAGGGCGCAUCGCCACAUCGGCAAGGCGUGUACGCCCCCUGACGAUGCCUUCACCACCACGGCGACGACGCAGCAGCAGCAGCAGCAGCACCCAACGCGGGACGGCGCGCGAGACCGUGUCCGGCUGUGGUACACGCUGUACAUGUGCGACCAGCACCUGUCGGUGCUCUACAACCGGGACAGCCUGAUACGGCGCGACAGGGACAUCCUCGACAAGCGCGGACUGUUCCUCGCGGCCGAGGACGCGACGAUGCAUGACUUGCGCGUCGUGGCGCAGGUGUCGCUUCUGCUGUGCAUGAGCCGCAUGAAGGAGACGUUUGGGUCUGAAUAUCCCACGCGCGUAUCCGAAGCAUUGGCGCCGCAGAUUCCCGUCUUUGUUGAUGAGCUGGAGCAGUGGCUCGCCCAUUUCCCUCCCCAGUUCCGACAAGAACCCGGCACGGGCGAGUUUCCGCACUUUGCCUUCAAGCUGCACUACCUCUUCGCCCGGCUCUACCUUGGCCACCACGUCUUCCGCGGGCUACACUCGGGCCUCAUCCCCGAAAUCUUCCUCCCCGCGGCCGCCAUGGCGCAGGAGGCUUCCCUGGCCAUCUUCACCAUGAUCCUCAACGAAGACGUGCUGCGGCGCACCCUCGUCAAGGUGCCGAGCUACGUGCACAUCAUGAUGUCCUUUGCGGGCCACUUCCUCCUCGAGCUGUGCCUCAAGCACCGCGAGCAGCUGGGCAUCAACGUCGAGGAGUGCUACCGCUGCAUCAGCAGGACCGUCUCCAUGCUGCGCGACACCCCCAUGACGCGCCACCACCCGCUGUCGCGUGUGACCGACGGCCUAGCCAAGCGGCUCGUCGACUUUGCCGCCGCGUACGGCAAGGAGGUGCUCACCGAGUCGCCGCCCGGGUCGCGGCUCGUCUCGACGACGACGCAGACGCAGAGCAACAACAACAACAACGAGCUGCCGCCGUUUGGCGCGCCGUUUGUGGGCGUGCCGGGCCCGACGACGGGUCCCGUGUUUGAUCUCGAGUCGGCCGUGAUGCCCGACGAGUUUACCUACGCCGACUACGGCGACGUUGGCUUUCCGGGACCGCUGUCGGACUUUGCCAUCAAGUAUGACUAGCCAGCCGUCUGCGUUAAUUUCUCGACCUCGACGGACUGUGCGUUUCGGCGUUGUCUCGACGCCAGUGCGGCUAGAAGUGAUCGAGAACAGGUCCAUUCUGGUCCACUGCUCGUGCUGGUUUACGUAGCACUUGAGUAAACGCGCCGAGGAUGUAGGCAUGUAUACAGAUCCAUAACAUAAUACAGAGUCGUCCUGUGACG